ACUAGCUCCGCCCAUAACAGGAAGUGUCCGUUUUCUCAGACACUGCGAUGAGCUGAUGGAAAUUUUUGAGCUGCGACGUCAAUAGAAUCGAGUUUUUCAUUUGGAAAACCCAGAACUGCUUCUGUCGGAGAUUCUCCACUGCUGAUCGGAAGGUGUAAAUAAAUCAGAGGAGUCACCGCAGCGCCAUGUGUGAGCUGUGAAGGAGAAGCUGUGGGAUUUGUUGUUGUUGUGGGCUAAGAGUCAUCCUGCUAACGGUGAAGAAGUUGAGCUCUACAGAUACGGAGCAUCUCUUAACGCCCAGCUUUUAAAUAAAGGAUGCCUAAGGAGGGAGACCGCUCUGAGGGCAGAGGAGAUGAGGAGUUAAAGGAUGUGUCUGAGGGGAAUGCAGUGAAGAGGAGCAGGGCCAACACACCGAGCCCCCACAGAGGAAACACUCCACAAGCCAGCCCACCCAGGUUUGUUUCUGUGGAGGAGCUGAUGGAGACUGCUAAAGGGAUGACCAACAUGGCUUUAGCUCAUGAAAUCAUUGUCAAUCAGGACUUGCAGUUCAAGCCAACAGAGCUUCCUGAAAGAAGUUUGGAGCGCCGGGUGAAGGAGACCAUGCACCAAGCCUUCUGGGACUGUUUGGAGGAUCAGCUGAAAGAGGAUCCUCCAUCAUACCAACAUGCCAUCAAACUUCUGGGAGAGAUUAAAGAGACGCUGCUGUCUUUUUUGCUGUCCGGCCACGGACGCCUUCAUUCCCGCAUCGAAGAGGUUCUUGAUCUGCCGCUAAUCCAGCAGCAGGCUGAAAACGGAGCUCUAGAUAUCGGCCAGCUGUCCCAGUUUAUCAUUGAAAUGAUGGGUUCUCUAUGCGCCCCAUGCAGAGAUGAGGACAUCAAGAAACUGAAGCCGAUCACCGACCUUGUGCCUCUGCUGAAGUCCAUUUUCUCUGUGCUGGACCUGAUGAAGGUGGACAUGGCUAACUUUGCAGUGAAGAGCAUUAAGCCACAUCUCAUGCAGCAGUCGGUUGAGUAUGAGAGGAACAAGUUCCAGGAGUUUCUGGAGAAACAACCAAAUGCCUUAGACUACACAGAGAAGUGGCUGGAGGAAACGGUGAAAUCUCUGAGAGAAACAGACGGUUCUGCUGCUGCUUCCAGUGACCCCCCUUCCCUCCUCCCAUUAAAUGUUCAUAAUCACGCUUAUCUUCGCCUGCUCAGGUGGGAUCAUGCUUCAGACCCUUUCCCAGAGACGGUGCUGAUGGAUCAAGUUCGGUUCUUAGAGAUGCAGCAGGAGGUGGAGCGGUUAGUUCUGCUCUCCUCUGUGCUCCUUGUUGUCUACACCACCACAGGAGACGCCAUCUCUGGCCUCCCAGGACUGAUGGAGUCGCUUAAAAACACUGUCAGUGUCAUGCUCACAGAAAUGCACGUUCCGUCAUUCAACAUGCAGGAGGCCUUAGCGACCAUUGGGGAGAAACUGUGUGUGGAGCUGAGCCAGUGUUUAAGCCAACAUGGCUUCCCUUCCCUCACAGCUGAGCGUAAGAGCACUCUGAAGGGGCAGAUCUCUGCCACCAUCCAUCCAGACAACACAGUCCGAAAGCUAAUGGACUCUCGGAUUCAAAGCUAUCUCCUGGCUGCCCUGGAAUCCAGUCAGCACAAGACACCUCCUCCUCUCCCAGGAGGUCUGGCUCCGGUCAGCAGGGAACUUGGAGAGCUCUCGGUCCGCUUCAGCCGCCUGGUCAACUACAACAAGCUGGUUUUCUCUCCGUUCUACCAGAAGAUCCUCCAGAAUGCACCAACUCCUGAAGAGGGCCCUAGCAUAGAGACAUAAAGCCCCCCCCCCCCCCCC